CCGCGUGUUUAAUGUUUGUGGUGUAUCAUGGUAUAAUGAUACUAGUAUGGUAUAAGAUACCGGUAUACUGUACUGGUUGCCAUCUUAGCGACACAAAUGUUUCUUGAAUGAAUGUUCACAUUGACCGGCAUCCAUCAUGGACUAAUUAUGCAGCGAUGAUGGCGAGUCUACCCAAUUUAGGGCAUGAUUCGGCAUAAAAAUCAUAGUUAUGCCAUCUAAUCAGCUUAUCUCUGAGAACAAAAAACAAGUUGUAUAGAAUAUGUCGAAACCUAAACAUUCCAGAUAUAACAGAUAUUCCACAGAUGUUUCUGAUUUACCAUCGGACACAUCUUCUAUGAUAGUCAAUAUCUCUUCUAAAGAGCAACUUUCAGGUGAUAGUGGAAUUCCGUCAAAUUCUCCAAGUAUUGAAGAUGAUGUUUUGUACAGAGAAGUUCAUACAAGAAUGUUUCCAUUUGCCCAUAUACUUGAGCAACUUGUCAACAAAAAUCCAGAUCAGCCAAAAACCAAAUCACUGCUAGACAUCCUGAAAAACAACGCCAAAACCUCUCUGGAAACCUUAAAGAAGUGUGAAGAAGUUUUGAACAAUUGUCUUGGACAGCAUUUACAGCUGAGGCCUCCAAAAAUAGAAGGUGUGACUAUAGAGAAAGUCCAUGAAAAUGGGGAGCAGAGAAUAUGUGUCUCAUGGAAAAAGAUUCCAUUCGUUGGAAUGACAUAUUGUGUACAAGUUUUGUGUAUGAAAAAAGUUAUUGACACACCAUAUUUUGUGGUAAACAACAAUAAUCCUCAUUUUUUCAUCCCAUCUCCACAUCCUGCUAAAAGAUACUCUGUUGAUUUAUGGGCUCAAAAUGAGGAUGGAUAUUGUGGAGAAAAAGUACGUUCAGAUGAAAUUAUGAUAUGUCAUGAGUUGGGUCCUGUGCUUAUCAAUGAGCACAAACAACUAAGACCAGGAUAUGAUGUAUAUGAAGGCUUUCUUGAGGGUGGUUCACCCAAUAAAGAGAAGGUUGCAGUUAAAAUUAUAAGUGUCCCUGAUACAAAGAAACUUCAUAGGGAAAUUGACAAUAUGCAAAAACUAAUAUCACAUCCAAACACAGUUCUUUAUAGAAAUUCUGGACAAAUUAGAGGCUUGGGGAAUCGUUCAUAUAUUGUUAUGGAGCUUUGUGAGAUUGGAACUUUAUACGAGCUGUCCGGAAAACAAGGUAUUGACUGGAAAAUCGCACUCCUUCAUUUAAUGCAUGGUUUGUUACAUAUUCAUGACAACAGUAUCAUUCAUAGAGAUCUCAAGCCUCAGAAUGUACUUCGUUCACUCGAUAAAAAGUAUAUUAAAGUUGCUGAUUUUGGACUGAGCAAACAAAUGAAUCCAGAGAAGUCUAAAAUUUCUAAAUCUGCCAGUGAAAUUGGAACAGACGGAUGGGGUUCACCGGAACAUUAUAGCCCUGUAAAAACAAUGUCAUUGAAAUCAGACAUUUAUUCUGCAGGUUUGGUGUAUUAUUUUGCAUUAUCUGGUGGGAAGCAUGCGUUUGGAUCCGAAGAACAUCGCUGGAAAUCUCGAAUUAUUGAUGGCUCAAGACCAGAUUUGAGUGGAUUGACAUGUCCAGACGAAGAAGAACUUGCCAAAGACCUCAUUUUGAAAAUGCUACAAUCAAAGCCGAAGCAUCGUCCUAGUGCUUACCAAGUACUGCAACAUCCAUAUUUUUGGGAUGCCUGUAAACGGCUGCGUUUUCUUCAUGCAGUAAAUGAUUACUUAUGCCCAUAUAUUUUACCCAAAUCUAAAAAGCAACCUCAAGGGAUUACGAAAGAAGUCAUGAUGAAAGUGAGUAGGAACAAUGCUUCAAUUUCCACUAGCACAGGGGAGAAUAAUUGGUUUAAAAAAAUGGAAGAAAAGCAUGGGUUCAAAGAAAGAUAUAAACUAUUAUUAUGGAAAGCUGAUGGAAAAGUAUUACCUAGAGUAAAAUACAAUCACAAUUGUCCAAUUCAUCUGCUGAGAUACAUCAGAAAUAUAUGCUCUCAUUACAGGGAGGAAGAUUCACUUCUGAAAAAAAUAAAAAAUGAUGAAGAUUUGUGGAAUAUUUUUUAUAGUGUCUUUCCAUUAUUAUUCUGUAUGUACUAUAACAUAAUUCAUAAUUACUGGCACAAGUUGUGUAAAAGUACAGAUUUUCCUAUGAAUGCUUUUGAAUCAUUUUAUGAAAUAGCGCCAAACAAGCCCAUGCCUGUGGAAGGAUCUCGAAAGCGAAAACAUGAUGUCUCUUCAUCAGCGAAUUUUUUCGAAGAUGAUCCUAUAUCUAGCUGACUUGUAGAUUUAGGUUAUCAUAUUCCUUUUGUCGCAAAAUUGUUGAGGUUAAAAAAAUGAAAUCUUGUUAAACAUCCUUUUUAUUAAUUUUAAUAACUGAUGCAGCAUACAAACUAUGUGUGAAACAAACGCCACAAACUAACUUCUUUCUGUAUUCCAAAAACUCUCCAUGAAAUGAAAUAUUUUUUUCCUGUGUUUUGGAAUUUCACGAAAUUUCUUGCGUUUAUGCAAUAUUUUGAUAACUUUGUUUUUAUCUUAAUUGUUCGAUCAUACCAUCAUAUCUAGUAAGUAUAUCAACUAAUGCAAUUUGUACAACUUUUACUUUAACAAUUAAUUUAAUAGGAAUCGACAGUGGGGAAAGUCUCCUCUAUCCCAGCU